AUGGAGGAGCACAUGUUCAGUGUUCAGCAAAUCCAACCCAAUGUCAUUUCUGUCCGCCUCUUCAAGCGCAAAGUGGGAGGCCUGGGCUUCCUGGUGAAGGAACGAGUCACCAAGCCACCCGUGAUUAUCUCUGACCUGAUUCGAGGGGGUGCUGCGGAGCAGAGCGGCCUCAUCCAGGCUGGAGACAUCAUCCUGGCGGUCAAUGGGCAGCCCUUGGUGGACCUGAGCUAUGACAGCGCCCUGGAGGUGCUCAGGGGCAUUGCCUCUGAGACCCAUGUGGUCCUCAUUCUGAGGGGCCCCGAGGGCUUUACCACACAUCUGGAGACCACCUUCACUGGGGACGGGACCCCCAAGACCAUCCGGGUAACACGGCCCCUGGGUCCCUCCACCAAAGCCGUUGAUCUGUCCUACCAGCCGUCAGCCAGCAAAGAGCAGCCGCUGGCAGUGGAUGGGACUGCAGGUCCUGGAAACGGGCCUCAGCAUGCCCAAGACAAUGGGCAGGAGGCUGGCUCACUCUCCCAUGCCAACGGCCUGGCCCCCCGGCCUCUGAAUGAGGUCCCUGCCAUGAAAAGUACCAGUGCUGGCCUCCAGGGAGGUAGGGAAAACAACAGCCUGCUUAAGGAGAUAGAGCCUGUGCUCAGCUUGCUCACCACUGGUGCCAAAGAGAUCAAUGGAGCAGGACCUGCCAAGGCAGAGACAAAGGAUGCAGAAGUCCAAGUGGACAGGGAAGUUGAUCACCAGGCCUCUCUUCCGAGGCCCCUCUGGGUGGCCAAUGAAACCCUGUGGAACACAUUAGUUGGAAUCGACUCAGUGCCAGUGAUCCUCUCAGGACCUUGCUUAACGCUCUCUCUGCACCCUCUCCUGCAGCCCCCGGCCUCAGAAAAACAGUCCCCCACCAAGAACGGCAGCCCCUCCAAGUGCCCCCGCUUCCUCAAGGUCAAGAACUGGGAGACUGACGUGGUUCUCACGGACACCCUGCACCUUAAGACCACGUUGGAAUCUGGAUGCUCCGAGCACAUCUGUAUGGGCUCCAUCAUGCUCCCUUCUCAGCAGAUGCGAAAGCCCGAAGAAGUUCGCCCAAAAGAAAAGCUCUUUCCUCUUGCCAAAGAGUUUAUUGAUCAGUAUUACUCGUCAAUUAAAAGAUUUGGCUCCAAAGCUCACAUGGAAAGGCUGGAAGAGGUGAGCAAAGAAAUUGAGACGACCUGCACCUACCAGCUCAAGGACACGGAACUCAUCUACGGGGCCAAGCACGCCUGGCGGAACGCCUCCCGCUGUGUUGGCAGGAUCCAGUGGUCUAAGCUGCAGGUGUUCGAUGCCCGAGACUGCACCACGGCUCAUGGGAUGUACAACUACAUCUGCAACCACAUCAAGUAUGCCACCAACAAAGGGAACCUCAGGAUCUGCAUACAGCAAGGCUGGAAGCCCCCAAGAGGCCGCUUCGACGUCCUGCCCCUCUUGCUCCAGGCCAAUGGCAAUGACCCUGAGAUCUUCCAGAUUCCUCCAGAGCUGGUGCUGGAGGUGCCCAUCAGGCAUCCCAGAUUGGAGUGGUUCAAGGACCUGGGGCUGAAGUGGUACGGUGUCCCUGCUGUGUCUAACAUGCUUCUGGAGAUUGGUGGCCUGGAGUUCAGUGCCUGCCCCUUCAGCGGCUGGUACAUGGGCACAGAGAUUGGCGUCCGUGACUACUGUGACAGUUCACGCUACAACAUUCUGGAGGAAGUAGCUAAGAAGAUGAACUUGGACAUGAGAAAGACGUCUUCCCUGUGGAAGGACCAGGCACUGGUGGAGAUCAACAUUGCCGUUCUUUACAGCUUCCAGAGUGACAAAGUGACCAUUGUGGACCAUCACUCCGCCACUGAGUCCUUCAUCAAGCACAUGGAGAAUGAGUACCGCUGCCGGGGGGGCUGUCCAGCCGACUGGGUGUGGAUCGUGCCCCCCAUGUCCGGCAGCAUCACCCCUGUCUUCCACCAGGAGAUGCUCAACUACCGGCUCACCCCCUCCUUCGAGUACCAGCCUGAUCCUUGGAACACCCACAUCUGGAAAGGCACCAAUGGGACCCCCACAAAGCGGCGAGCCAUUGGCUUCAAGAAGCUGGCAGAAGCCGUCAAGUUCUCGGCCAAGCUGAUGGGACAGGCAAUGGCCAAGAGGGUCAAAGCGACCAUCCUCUAUGCCACAGAGACAGGCAAAUCGCAGGCCUAUGCCAAAUCCUUGUGCGAGAUCUUCAAGCAUGCUUUUGAUGCUAAGGUGAUGUCCAUGGAAGAAUAUGACAUUGUGCACCUGGAACAUGAAACUCUGGUCCUGGUGGUUACUAGCACCUUUGGUAAUGGAGACCCCCCUGAGAAUGGGGAGAAAUUUGGCUGUGCUUUGAUGGAAAUGAGGCAUCCCAACUCAGUACAGGAGGAGAGGAAGUACCCGGAACCCUUGCGUUUCUUUCCCCGUAAAGGGCCUCCCUUCCCCAGUGGUGACAGAGGAGUCCAAGGUCUGGCUGCAGCCCGUGACAGCCAGCAAAGGAGCUACAAGGUUCGAUUCAACAGUGUCUCCUCCUACUCAGACUCUCACAAAUCAUCAGGUGAUGGACCCGAUCUCCGAGACAACUUUGAGAGUGCUGGACCCCUGGCAAAUGUGAGGUUCUCAGUGUUCGGCCUUGGCUCCCGGGCAUACCCUCACUUCUGCGCCUUUGGACACGCUGUGGACACCCUCCUGGAGGAGCUGGGAGGGGAGAGGAUUCUGAAGAUGGGGGAGGGGGACGAGCUCUGUGGGCAGGAAGAGGCUUUCAGAACCUGGGCCAAGAAGGUCUUCAAGGCAGCCUGUGAUGUGUUCUGCGUGGGGGAUGAUGUCAACAUUGAGAAGGCCAACAACUCCCUCAUCAGCAAUGACCGCAGCUGGAAGAGGAACAAAUUCCGCCUCACCUAUGUGGCUGAAGCUCCAGAACUUACUCAAGGUCUAUCCACCGUCCACAAAAAGCGGGUCUCUGCCGCUCGACUCCUCAGCCGCCAAAACCUUCAGAGCCCUAAAUCCAGCCGAUCCACCAUCUUUGUGAGGCUCCACACCAAUGGGAACCAGGAGCUGCAGUACCAACCUGGAGACCACCUGGGUGUCUUCCCUGGCAACCAUGAGGACCUGGUGAACGCCUUGAUUGAGCGGCUGAAGGACGCACCCCCUGCCAACCAGCUGGUGAAGGUGGAGAUGCUGGAGGAGCGGAACACGGCUUUGGGAGUCAUCAGUAACUGGACAGAUGAGCACCGCCUCCCACCCUGCACCAUCUUCCAGGCAUUCAAGUACUACCUGGACAUCACCACGCCACCAACACCCUUGCAGCUGCAGCAGUUUGCCUCCCUGGCCACUAAUGAGAAGGAGAAGCAGCGUUUGCUGGUCCUCAGCAAGGGUUUGCAGGAAUAUGAGGAAUGGAAAUGGGGCAAGAAUCCCACCAUCGUGGAGGUGCUGGAGGAGUUCCCGUCCAUCCAGAUGCCUGCCACGCUGCUCCUGACCCAGCUGUCCCUGCUGCAGCCACGCUACUACUCCAUCAGCUCCUCCCCAGACAUGUACCCAGAAGAGGUGCACCUCACAGUGGCCAUUGUCUCCUACCGCACCCGAGAUGGAGAAGGACCAAUUCACCAUGGCGUGUGCUCUUCCUGGCUCAACCGGAUACAGGCUGACGAAGUGGUUCCCUGUUUCGUGAGAGGAGCACCCAGCUUCCACCUGCCUCCAAACCCCCAAGUGCCCUGCAUCCUGGUUGGCCCAGGCACCGGCAUCGCCCCUUUCCGCAGCUUCUGGCAGCAGAGGCAAUUUGACAUCCAACACAAAGGAAUGAGUCCCUGCCCCAUGGUCCUGGUCUUUGGGUGCCGGCAAUCCAAGAUAGACCACAUCUACAAGGAAGAGACCCUACAGGCCAAGAACAAGGGGGUCUUCAGAGAACUGUACACGGCCUACUCCCGGGAGCCAGAUAAACCAAAGAAGUACGUGCAGGACAUACUGCAAGAACAGCUGGCGGGGCCCUUGUACCGAGCCCUGAAGGAACAAGGAGGCCACAUUUAUGUCUGUGGGGACGUCACCAUGGCUGCCGACGUCCUCAAAGCCAUCCAGCGCAUCCUGACGCAGCAGGGGAAACUCUCGGUGGAGGACGCCGGCGUGUUUGUCAGCAGGCUGAGGGAUGACAACCGGUACCAUGAAGAUAUUUUUGGGGUCACCCUGCGGACAUAUGAAGUGACCAACCGCCUUAGAUCUGAGUCCAUUGCCUUCAUUGAAGAGAGCAAAAAAGAUGCAGACGAGUAA